GGUGCCUAGUGCUUUCGGCUGCGAGGGGGUUGGCGGCGGUUGGCGGCGGUUGGCGGCGGUUGCCGCGGGAUGUCGGGGCGCGCGCCGCGGCCGGAGGAGGAGAGCGCGAGGCUGCGCCACAAGGAGGAGCUGAGCCGCAGGAUUAAAGAACAGAAAGUUGUAGUUGAUGAGCUUUCUAACUUAAAGAAGAACCGGAAAGUUUAUAGGCAGCAACCCAAUAGCAACAUAUUCUUCCUUGUAGACAGAACGGAAACAUUAUCUCAAUGCAAAAAUACAUUAGAUGAAUUGAAGAAGGCACAUCAGGAGAUAGAAAAUUCAGAGAAGACCAAAAUCAAGAAAUAGUCCAUCUGGAUUCAAAUUAGCAAUGUUGUACUUACAGGAAUUGGGGCAGAUGAGCAGCUUGCUGGAUAUUCUCGACA